AGGAAGUAACUCGACAAGCGUUGCUGUUAACAGACGUAACAGCCUUUCACGUCUCUUCGUCGUGUUCUUCUCGAUCUCUACUCGAAGCGAGGCCGAGGCGAUGUCGGACUCGAAGAAAAAGGUGAUCCUCGCGUACAGCGGCGGACUAGAUACCUCUUGCAUCUUGUUCUGGCUGAGAGAAAAAGGAUUUCAAGUAGUCGCCUACGUGGCCAACAUUGGGCAAAACGAGGACUUGGACGCGGUUCGAAAGAAGGCGCUGAAAAUCGGCGCCGUUAAGGUUGUGAUAGACGAUGUCAAAGAAGCAUUCGUGACUUCUUACGUGUGGCCUGCUGUGGCCUGUGGUUUGCUCUACGAGGGAAGGUACCUUUUGGGUACUUCCAUAGCUCGACCGUGCAUCAGUCAAGGUCUGAUAAGGAUCGCGAGAGCCGAAGGUGCCGGCAUCAUCGCGCACGGAGCAACCGGAAAAGGCAAUGAUCAAGUUCGCUUUGAGCUGAGCUGCUACAGUCUUUGUCCUGACAUCAAGAUCUUGGCGCCGUGGAGGGAGCACGAAUUUUACACGAGGUUCCAAGGAAGACCGGACUUGCUGGAGUACGCCCGACAAAAUGGAAUCCCGACCUCGGCGACGCCGAAGGAACCGUGGAGCACCGAUGCUAAUCUCGUGCAUAUUAGCUACGAGUCGGGGGUGUUGGAGAAUCCUGCGAACCCCGCGCCGAGAGGACUCUACAAAAUGACUACCGACCCCAUGAGUGCCGCCGCGGAGGCGGAGGAGAUCGAGAUCGACUUCAAACACGGAUAUCCGUCUCGCGUGAGAAACGUGAAGAGCGGAAGGACGCUCGACGCUCCCCUGGCGAUAAUCGAGUAUCUUAACGAAGUCGGAGGGGCGCACGGUAUCGGGAGGGUCGACAUAGUGGAAAAUCGAUACAUCGGGCUGAAGUCCCGCGGAGUUUACGAGUCACCGGGAGCCAAGAUCCUACACGUCGCGCAUCAGGACUUGGAGGUGUUUGCGUUGGACCGCGAAGUCCUGCGGGUCAAGUCCUAUCUGACGGACAGGAUGUCGGAUUACGUGUACAACGGCUUCUGGUUCUCGCCGGAGUGCAACUUUGUGCGGGAAAGCAUUCUUCUCUCGCAGAGAUACGUCAACGGCACAGUGAGGCUACAACUGUACAGGGGAAACGUUAUGGCGAUCGGCAGAUCGAGCGAGGUUUCGCUGUACAACGAGAAUCUCGUCUCGAUGGACGUGCAGGGUGACUUCGAGCCCGCGGACGCCACUGGAUUCAUUCGCACGCAGGCCCUGAGGCUCAAGGAGUUCCAUCGCUUCAGCAAGCAACGCGACGUCUGAGCGGAGAGACCGAGAGGCUGCUGUUAUCUUGCGGCUUCCUCGCGGGUCGAAAUAAAACGCACCCCGCUACUUAGCAACAAUGUUACUCUUUUAAUCCACUCUUGUCCCUACGAUUUAUUGCUUUGUCAACAUCCGCGGCGCGCGAUGUCGCAACACAUGAAUAAUAAUAAUUCUUGGCUAAUCGUUGCGCAGCAACAAAACGAUCAAAGAGACACGAUGCGUGUGCGGUGUCGCAGCGGGAGCGAAUCCGAUUACUUUGGCGCCGCUGAAAAGCAGGCAAGCUGCAGGCGAAAGUAGCGAGAUCUCCUUCGCAGAUCAAUCAUGAGGAAAAAGAUAUUCGGACAAAAUACGUGUUAAUUAACUCUCUCUCUCUCUCUCUCUCUCUCUUCCUCAAACGCGCAAUGAUAUUGUUAUCGACAACUCAACUUUAAUUCUCGCCCCCUAAAGGAAAAAGAGAAGCUAGAUUGUUGACAACAAUCGUGUGAUUGCGGCGCCGGAGCGGACGGAGUCGCGCCUCUCACAGUGGGAGGAGACUACGUAGUUAAUCAAUUAAUUGUGCGAGAGAACGUGACGGAUAAAUCGGAGAGAUCCGCGGAAAUCCGACGGCGGGAUCUCCGUCGAUCACUGCAAAUCAAUUACAUGCAACGGUCACGGGACAGGGAGUGAGGGGUCACAAUGAAACACUAAACCGCUACAGACUCGUUUGCCUUCAUUGCAAUUAUUAAUAAUUAAACCUUAGGAUUAUUAGCAUACUCUCGUGUGAGGAUUAUAAUAGCGUAUAUAAUAUGCGUUUUAUUUCGGGGAUAUCGAUAAUAUACACAGCGAUCCGACUCUCUCCUUUUGUUGUCGGCGGCGGGUGCCGGCCAAAGUUCGUCGGAUUUUCUCACGCGUGCUCCCUUCGUGCACGGCUCGGUAUAAUAAGAAAAACAUGAACAUGUUUAUGUUCAAUCGAAGUAUCUGCCAUCGUUAUUCCACCGGUCUGAGCCGCCGUCAUUGUUUGCAGGUAAUCGCCCGAUUUCGCGCAUUUCUCUCUGCGAAGCGACUCGUCGCUCGAGCUACGUAAUCGUCUCGACAAUCCGACGAACUUUCGCAAGCUCCCAAUAAUAAUAAUUUCUCUCUCUCUCUCUCUCUCUCUCUCUCUCUCUCUCUCUGCGCUCUCGGGCAACUCGCAACUCAAGUACGCCGGGUGGUGCAAAAUUCAACGUUCGUGCUACGGAACUUAAACUUAUGCGAGAAAAAUCGCGAGCGCGACAUAUUUCGGCAGCUGCCUCUGUGCCAACAUUUCGCAUCGUCCUUCCGGCGCGAGCGAAACGUCGUCGUGUCAGCGUUUACAAACGCACGCCGAAUCGAUCUCGGCCCGUCGAGGAUCGCGUCCGAACGGGAGAAGAUCCUCUCGCGCGUCGGCGAACGUCGAGUCGCAACGGCGCGUCCGAUUCGACGCUCGUCGAGACGGUUUGCUUUCUUUUCUUUUCUUUUUAUUUCUUUCGCGACACUCGAUGUUUCGCGCAAGAAGGGGGACGCGAGAUCGACACUUCGCAACUUAGAGGAAAACCUAUGUCAAGUACGAAACCAUGACGGUGCUCCUUUCUAUGUAUCUCGGCUACGAGUGACUUUCUAUACAGGUCUCUUAUUUGCGUUCUGCUCCACUCUCCGCGUUUAUUUAUAUGUAUGUGUGUUUGUGUGUAUCUAUAUAUAUAUAUAUGUAUAUAUGUAACAUGCAAAAUUACAAACUAGGGAAGGUAGAUUCUUUAUACAUGUACAAUCGAGUAAUCUGUGUGGCUCUCGUAUUUACAUUUGCUCAUUCAAAUAUAUUCGUUAAUUCAAUCGUAAUAAACAUGCUCUCUUCUUCUUUAUUUGUGAUGAUUAAUAAUAACAGUACAGAUAA